UAAUAUUAAAAUUAAUUUCUAAGUAAAAAUUUGUAAAAUAAAUUUAAAAAUUAAAUACACUUGGAAAUUAAUUAUUUAAAUUAAUCAUGAAUUUUAUAACAAAAUCUUUGAUAUUUUUUGCAAUAAUUUGCUUAACUAAUUUUGGGAAUUGUGAAGAAAUUUCAGAUUUAGUUGAUUUUUCAUGUAAAACAACAUCAGAUUGUUCAGAAUUUGCAAAAGCAUUUCAAAAUACAACUUGUAUAAAUCAAGAAUGUAAAUGUUAUAAUCAAAAUUUUGAAGAAGUUCGUUGUGAACCUCCUCCAGAAUCAUUUUACAAUAAUAUCAUAGGUGGUGGUUGCCCAUGUACCCAACAGAAUUCUGAAUGUAAUACUAAAACACAAAUUUGUUAUUGCGAGAAAGGAUAUCAGGCGACUCAAGACAAACGGCGUUGUAUUAAAAAAAGUGUUCUACUCGGCGAAGCAUGUGAGGAUGAUUCACAAUGUAUUUAUCAGGAAAAGUUCUCUGAAUGUAGUUUAAAAGAGAAGAAAUGUAUGUGCCAAAAAGAUUUCAUAGAAUUUAAUAAAGGCUGCAUAUCAGUUGUUAAUCUUGAAGAACACUGUGAAAGUAAUGAUCAAUGUAAUAAGAAAACAAAUCAUUCAAUUUGUGCUUUGAAAAAAUGUGCCUGCAAUACAGAUUAUGUAGCAAAUUUAGAGAAAACAAAAUGUUUACCAGGUGUCGGACAUGAUGGUAUUUGUUCUGAAGAUAAUCAAUGUAAAUUAGUAUUGGGUGUUGGAUCAAUUUGUGAUAGUGGAUUAUGUUCAUGUGAUAUUAAACAUAAAUUAUUAGAAACUAAAUCGAAAACGGAUGGUAAAGUACAUUAUACAUGUGAAAAGGAAAUUCGUUAUGGAGAUUAUUGCUACGAACAUACAGACUGUUAUACUUUUAAAGAUAAUUCAGGUGAACAAUCAAUGGAAUGCUUUCAUGGAGAAUGUGCUUGUCGACCAGAUUUUACACUUAAAAAUGGUACAUUUUGUGUAGCAAGCGGUGCACAUACCAUAGGAAAUAUUCAAUUUGCUUCAAUAUUGAUUGGAAUUUCAUGUUUAUUAAUAUCAAUUUUUUGGAAAGAUUCCGCAUAAUUAAUUGUUAACAUCUUGUAUGAUGGAUGAAGAGCUAGUAGCACAAUUUAAAGGAUAAACAUUUAUUUGAAAAAUAUAUUAUACAUUUAAUCUUUAUUGAAUUAAUAUUGAAUUUAAAUAAAUAUGUAUAUAUAUGUACAUUUUGUACUCGUUUA